CAUGCGGCUGAACUGACGGCUCUGAAGAGCAGCUCCACCGUCACUGACAGUAAAGUGGAGGCUCUGACUCGAGACAGGACAGUCGGGAAAGUGGCCUUUUCUUCUGCGUUACUGGAUUCAGGAGAAAAGGCUCUUGGACCUUUCAACGUAGACACUACUAUUGUCUAUAAAUAUGUCGUCUCAAACUUUGGGAACGUUUACAAUCCACAGACAGGCAUAUUCACUGCUCCGGUCAGAGGAGUCUACCAUUUUCUGAUCUUUGCACUGUCCAUGGGAGGCAUCCCUGCAGAUGUGUAUCUGAAGAAGAAUGGGCACGGCGUGUUUAUGGCCCAUGAGGACCAGCCGUCUGGACACGGCACAGCGAGCAAUGCGGUCACACUGCUCCUGGAGGCUGGAGAUGUGGUGUAUGUCACUUUACCUGCAACACGCAGACUUAAAGACAAUAUGAACCAUCACAACACAUUCAGUGGUCACCUGCUGUUCACAAUGGAACAAUCAACUUGUCUUUGCAGUUAA